UAAAAAUGUCCUGCCAAAAAUAAUCAUCACUUCAAUUUCCUUACAUUUUUAUUUUCACCCCACAAUAAUUAUAAUUGUACCCGCACUUUAUUACAAUUAUCAUAAUCUGCUCCAAAUAAAAAUGUUAACCAAAAAUAAUAAUAUCUCACACAAAAAGAAAACAACAUAAUUAUCUAUUUCCUAAAGAUAAUUAUUGUAAAUAUCACAAUCAUCUCGGUUUCCUUUAUUAUUGUGUGCUUACAAUAAUAACCUUGUCCAGAAGACAUUAUUAUUGUUGGUAGAAAGAUUUAGACUCUUGAAAAGAAACGAUUAUCUGACUCUGAAUCACAAUAAUAAUCUCUGCCUUUUUUCGGGCAGAGGUUAUUAUUUGGACGCUUGAAAUUUGAAACGUUUUUUAAAAUGAGGUAGAGUGGAGGAGAUUAUUUCAUGCGUGACUGUAAUCAAGCGUCUGGUUGAGAGGAAAUUCACGUGACCCUAGUUUCGCUUUACUUUAACUGAGUAGGCACCGAAGGCACAUGGUAACGGUCUUGCGAUCGGUCUGAGAAGCUUAUGAGAAGAUGUUUUGUAUGGAAUGUGGUAUGCAGCUUGGUGAUGGGAAGGCAAAAUUUUGUGGGAAUUGUGGUACCAAGGUACCCUCAGCCUCCAAAGAAACAGAUCCUGGUGUUGAAGUCCUCCCUCCUUCGUUUGUUCAGGGAACUUUAUCUCAAGGCGCAAUGGAGAGUUUAGCGAAACUUAAAGAAAAAUAUCCCACCAACAUUGGACACAAACCAGUGUCGAAGAAACGAACAAGUGAAUCAAAAGAAAUGAUCAUCCAUGUAAUGGACAAAAAGAAAAAAGCACUCAAAAGAGCUUUUCCAAGUGACAGUGGGUUAACAGGCUGUUUAAAAAUAAAAGCAAAUUACAAUCAAACCACCAAAAAUUGGAUGGACUCCCUUAAACACCAUUUCAGAGGAAAUAUAGAUUUUAUCCCCCACAUUAUGGGUAGAAAUGGGUUGGAACCCAUCAGUACCGACUGUAGCCUAGAGCAGAUAGAAAGUAUGAAAAUCCAGAAAAAAUCUGCUUUAAAGAUCUAUGCCAUGGCAAAGGGAAAAGAUAGGCAAGAAAUUGUACAAAAAUUUAAAACGCAGAACAUCCAAGAGGUUAUGGAGUCCGACGAAGAAAUGCCAAAAAUUGAAUUGCAGAAACCAUCCUCUAAAUGUGGUGGAAAGAGUUUAUCAAAGAUAUCCACUAUGCAGAGUAAUGAUGUUGUGGAAUCCGACGAAGAAAUGCCAAAAAUUAGAUUGCAGAAACCAUCCUCUAAAUGUGGUGGAAAGAGUUUACCAAAAAUAUCCACUAUGCAGAGUGAUGAUGUUGUGGAAUCCGACGAAGAAAUGCCAAAAAUUAGAUUGCAGAAACCAUCCUCUAAAUGCGGUGGAAAGAGUUUACCAAAGAUAUCCACUAUGCAGAGUGAUGAUUCCUCUAAAUGCGGUGGAAAGAGUUUACCAAAGAUGUCCGCUAUGCAGAGUGAUGAUUCCUCUAAAUGUGGUGGAAAGAGUUUACCAAAGAUGUCCGCUAUGCAGAGUGAUGAUUCCUCUAAAUGUGGUGGAAAGAGUUUACCAAAGAUAUCCACUAUGCAGAGUGAUGAUAUUGUGGAGUCGGAUGUGGAAUUGCCUAAAGUUCCAUUACCAGUUGUGGAGUCGGAUGUGGAAUUGCCCCAAGUUUCAUUACCAUCCUCUAAAUGUAGUGGAGAGAACAUGCCAUUGGGGAGAAAAAUCAAGAGUUCCACUAUGCAGAGUGAUGAUCUGCCAGAUUUGUGUUCCUCGAAAGAAGAAUCUCCAUGUAUAAAAGAGGAUGAGCUCAUGGACAGAGAAGUUGAAAAGUUUUUUGAUUUAAUGGACAAGAAGAUCAAGAGGAAGACAAUGGCCGAUGAAUAUGAAAUACGAUUUCCAAAGGAAGGGAAACGUAUUACAAUAGUUUAUGAAGUUCAUGGUGGAAUGGCUUUAAGCAGGCCGUUUGACACUGAUGACACAAUGCUGAGUGUUUUUACAUUCGCUUGUCAGGAAAUCAACCCGGAAAUAUUGCCUCCAUCAUUUUACUUUGAAUGUGUCUCUACCGAAUCAUGCAUGUUUGCGAAUUGCCAGCAUUCAUUUAAGUUGGAAGAAUGCCACGGUAUCAACAUUAGAGACAUUCCAGAUGUGCUGUUGUUAAAGGAGGCGGAAUACAGUUUGGAUGACACACUAACUAAUUACGGUGAUGUGCACCUGCGGGGAAGUGUUGGUCCAGUGUUUCAUUGACUGUUUUAACACCUUCAGAGAUACCUGAUCAUCAAUAAUAUGUUUUUUUUGCAAUGUGUUCCAGAAAGAAAUCUAUAUACGUUCAUGCUACCCAACCUCACAUGCUUCUUCAUCCAUUUUGCUCACCUAUAGAAUUAUGUUUCUGAUUAGAGGUUUUUCAUGAACACAAAUAUGAAUUCUAUGCAAUAAUAAAUUUAUAACAGCAA